CCUCAACCCUCCAUCCUCGACCGUGGAUGGGCUCUGGAUUCCCAUCCAGGUGAAACAAAUGUACCACGGCCACUGCCUCAUGACUCGGAUUGCGUUCAACGCUCGCGAAGCUUAUUCUCCACAUACUGUAGAUGUUGGCUUGUUCCACACACACAUGGCUGUCUCACCGCAGCUUGACAAGUCCAAAGCUGGAUUAUGCUUGCAUCAACCUUAGCUUAAAGAUGAACAGCCACGUCAUGCUCCAAAUCCCGAGUCAUACUAUGCUGACAUACUCCGUACACGCGUUGCUUUUCCUUGGCUUCAACAUGCUCCUUCAGCUCGGGAUUGGUCGCCCAGCGUCUACAAUAAAACUGUGGAACGAACCCUCCAACAAAGUGCAUUAUUGAAUACUAUGAAUCACAGGCCAUCAGAUCGAGAAGGCGAGGUAGACAGGUCUAGAGAGCAAUCAAUGUGGCGGGAGAUGUCAUGGGAAUGUUAGAGCGUCCCGUCUGGCAUUUUCCCGCC